CUAGAAUUGUACUCUUUGUUGGUCCCCUAGGCUCCAAAGCAGCCCUUCCCCGGGUAGGCUUUUUAGCAGAUGCGGAACGCUGUCCUCAGACAGUGUGGUGUCCUUCUGCUGACCUCUGUCUCUCUAGAACCUUCCGUAGGGCAAGCCACAAGCUCCUUGUGACUGCUGGCGUGGCGUUAGCCCAAAGCUAGCCUGCAGCUUUCACGAUGGAGCUUGUCUGCUGGGAGCUCCCAAUCUCAAGGUCACAAUGUAGUCUCAGGGAGCUGGUCCCCUUGACUUGGAAGUGAUCUUACAAAAACCAGAAAGGCUCCCCCACAGUGUGACACCCGCCCCCAAGACACUAUAUCCUAAGUUCAACUGCUGUGGAGCAUCUUUACUCGAAGCUGCCGAGCUACUGGGAGCCCUCGAUCGCCCCUGAAUGCGGAUGGGCUCCCCCGCCCCCCGUUCCUGUUGGGGCAAAGGGUAUAUCGUUGACAGUGUCACCUGAUCCGGCCUGGGUGCUCAUCAACGACCUGUACGCCUCGGAUGACUGAGGGCCCGUCUCCCCACAGCCUCAGCAGCACUGGCUUUUCUCUCAGCAAUUUGAAGAUAUUACUCAACUCUCUUCUGGAUUUCAUUGAUACCAUUAAGAAGUCAGUUUUUAGUCUGAAGGUCAUGGUUUUAAAGGCAGAACGCGCCAAGGACCCAAGUGCAGCCGUUGCCUCCAGCGUUCCCUCACGCAGGUCCCCGUCGUCUGCUGAGGAUGGCCCCAGUGGCCAUUCCAAUGUCUCAGACAGGGAGAUGGCCGGGAACUUACAGGACACCAUCAAGCACCGCAUCCUCUACCUCUUAGAGCAGCUGAGAGUGGAGAAGGCCAGUCGGGACGAGAACACCGUGGGCUACCUCAAGCUGGUGUCCAAAGCCGACCGGCACCAGGCCCCCCACAUCCGGCAGGCCUUCGAGAAAGUGAACCAGCGCGCCUCCGCCACCAUUGCCCGGAUCGAGCGAAGACUCCGCCACUGUCACCAGCAGCUGCGGGAGCUGGAGGAGGGCCACAGGCCCAGGGGCUUGGUGCUCAAGGCAGAGAGCAGCCUGGCAGGCUGCAAGAAGCCUGGCGACAAGGCCCCGUUUUUAGAACCCCCCAAGCCGGGUGGGGAAGACUGCCUGUCCACCGACCUCUCUGACAUUGUCAGACACUCGCCCCUGGAGAGUCACUUCCUGGCCUUGCAGGGAGGGAAGUCCCCAGGGGCAAAGCGUGUGGCCCCACAGCGAAACCUGCUGUUGCAGAAAAUGAAGGAAGACCUGAAAGAAGUCACGGAUGUGCACCUCAACCUCCAGGUGUCCUAUCAGAGCCUAAAGGACAGGCAUCUGAUGGACCUGCAGGUGUCACUAGAGGCCCUUCAGGAAGAGAAAUGCAGGCAAGCGCUGAUGGAAGAACAGGUGAACGAGCACCUGCAGGGGCACCUGGAUGAGAUCUACUGCCUCAAACAGACUCUGGCGUGCAUGGAGGAGAAAAUGGCCUUUCUGUCCUAUGAGAGAGCCAAGGAGAUAUGGGAGGUCAUGGAGACUUUCAAGAACCGUAUAGCUAAGCUUGAAACUCUGCAACAAGUGACACAACUGGAGGUGACGCACAGGUUCCGGAUCCGUCCCCAGGAGUUUAUGUUCCGGCUCAUGAGCCUGCUCCUCACACUGGCUACCAUCCUCCUCGUCUUCAUCUCCACUGUGUGCUCCUGCCCCUUGCCACUGCUCAAUUCCCGCCUGCGCACGUGCACCACACUCCUGCUGAUCGGCCUCGCGGCCCUGGCCUGGCAGAAACGGCAUGCCUUCCCUACCACCGACUGGCAGGCCUGGGUCCCCUCCAGAUGGAGACUGUACCCCAAGGAUUCCAAGCCUCUAUCAGAUGGGACUUAGAGGGCCUGGGCUUGCUAGCUCACGCUGCCCCCUGCGUGUUGGGGCGUCCAGCCAGCCCCACCUGGAUAGCCGCUGCUCAGCUCUCCCUUCCCGAUUCCAUCACUACCAGCCCGCCUCGCACUUCCCCUCCUCAGGGUCCUUCUGUACCAUCUGUGGACACAAGGCUUGGAAAAAAUAUUAAACUGUCUGAAGCUGA